AGCGAUCCUCAAUCACAGUUCGCUGCAGCAUCGCUUCAUCAGAGACAACAACAUGUCGUUCAAGACUUUCUUCCUAUCGCUGUGCGUGGUUGUGGCCGCAUUCAAUUGCAUUGAAGCCGAAAAGACCUUCACCGUUUUCACCAAAAGGACCUCGUUUUUCGAGGCGUGGCAAGACUGCAAUUCCUACAAUGGAUAUUUGGCAUCCAUUCGGUCAUCAACCGAGCAAAGUCUAGUGGAACAAGCUAUGGCCAAAACUGGCAAUCCCAAUGGCAUAUAUUUCAUUGGAGGAACUGACCUCGGCCGUGAUGGUCGAUGGAUGUGGAUUGGCACGAACAGUCUGUUGAAGAGCAACGACUACCGGAACUUCUAUCCAGGAGAGCCUAACAAUCUCGGAGGCAACCAGCACUGUCUGACGGUCGGAAACUGGGGAGCAGAGAACCGUGGUAAAUGGGAUGAUCAGGUGUGCUCAAAGAUAGUAGAUGGAUAUGUGUGCGCAUUCGAAGUUUAA